AUGGGUUUCUGUGGCUUGAAGCCGUUGUUCCAUCGGCGUAGCAAGACGUUUGCUUUCGAGAUCAAACUUUUAGAGUUUGGAAAAACUGGGAUUUCUGAUACUUCAUUGUCCUCAAACAUGUGUGUCGUUAUUGUUAUUUUUCAUGAUGAUAUGGUGGCCGUCAAUUUCAAGCUUUCACUUUCCUGGAAAACUGGAACUGUUGCAAUGAAAGGCCAAAGCACGCCCAGGAAUAUGAAGCCAUCGAAAUUUAAGAAAAAAAGAAGAGAAGAGACUAUGAAGAGUUCAGUUGUGAGUGCAGACCAAAAGGUUCUCAUGAUGGAGCUCCAAAAGAAGAUCUUGGUCUUCAGGGACAUCUUGGACCUCCCUCCUUGUGAUCCCUCUGCUUCAUUACAUGAGCUGGUAAUUAAGACACUGGAGAAUCUGCAAAGGCUUUACCCAGAGGUGAUACCAGGGAAUGAAGUGGCAGAGAUUAAGAACAAGUUUAUUGAUGAGCGUCUAGCCUACUUCUGCAAGGCUUUGAAGUCUCUUGGAGAGUCAUGGCUUGUGAACAAUAAUGAUUCUAUGGUCAAGUUCAACUUUGAGUUCCCUUCAUGUAAAGACGGAGGCAAUAUGCAGCAACUAGGUGAAGCUUUAAUGGCGACACUGAAUCAGUUGAUAAAAAUAAUAGGGAGUGAGAAGUUUGAGGUGAAGGAAGAGGAAGAGCAGAAGAAAGAGCUGAGAUACAGCUUACAGAAUAAUCAGAAUAAUAAUGGAGAAAGCCCGCCAAGAAGUUCAUCGGCUUCAUCAUCUUCCUCGUCGUCAUCACUUCUCUGGUCUCUCAGGCUUGAAGCUCUGGGAAAGUUGAGUCCUCUUGAUAUCAAGCGCUUAUCCUUCCACAUGCCACAACCUGACACAGCACAAGAGAAAUUAUCAAAAGCUGAGGAGGAUGAUAAGAAUAAUGAUAAUAUGGAAGUGGAUGGUAAAUUUGAAAAGGACAAUUCAGAGGAUCUUGUUUUUCAUAUGGAUGCAUCGGAGGAAUCUGUUUCUGAUACUCCAAAUGAUCAUACAAUGUCUGAAACACAUCUUCCAAUUAGCCAUUCACCUUCAUCACCUCCUCCUCCGCCGCCACCCCCACCAUCACUGCCUCAAUUGCAGCAAAAUGCAGUAGUCGUGGAAGCACCACUGCCGCCUCCUCCUCCGUCGCGACCCCAGUUGCAGCAAAAUGCGACGGUAGUAGGCCCAAGACCGCCGCAGCCACCUCCUCCUCCGCCAUCCGCACCUAGCUUGCAGCAAAAUGCAGCAACGACCAAUUCUCCGCCGCCACCUCCGCCUCCCCUUCCUCUGCGGCCAGGUUCAGCUCCACCACCCCCUCCACCCGUGCUCCCACCAGGAGGCGGAGUUCCGGCCCCUCCACCUCUGACGCCACCAGGAAAUGGAGGCACCCCUCCGCCGCCGCCUCCAGGUGGCGCAGGCAGGUGCCUUCGUCCCAAAGUGACAACCAAGUUGAAAAGAUCGUCCCACAUAGGCAAUCUGUAUCGAACUCUCAAGGGAAAAGUGGAAGGAUCGAGCUUGAAUGCCAAAUCAUGUGGUGAGAGAAGGAGUCCGAUUGGGCAAAGCACCGCCGCCGGAGGAAAACAAGGCAUGGCCCAAGCUCUUGCAGAGAUGACCAGAAGAUCAUCUUACUUCCAACAAAUAGAGGAAGACGUUAAGAAGUACUCAAAACAAAUCACAGAGAUGAGAUCUUCAAUAUCUAACUUCAAGACGAACGAUAUGACAGAGUUGGUCAAUUUCCACAAAGUUAUUGAAUCUGUACUUGAGAAUCUAACAGAUGAAUCACAGGUGUUGUCACGAUUUGAAGGUUUCCCCACGAAGAAGUUGGAAGCUAUAAGAAUGGCAGCCGCGCUAUACAAUAAGUUAUAUUCAAUAGUGUCAGAGCUUCAAAAUUGGAACAUAGUGCUUCCCUCGGAUCAGUUUCUGGACAAGGUUGAACGUUAUUUCAACAAGAUAAAGACAGAAGUGGAUGCAUUGGAUCGAACCAAAGAAGAAGAGUGCAAGAAAUUUAAGAGUCAUAACAUCGAAUUCGACUUCACCAUUCUCAUAAAAAUCAAGGAAGCAAUGGUGGAUGUUUCCUCCAACUGCAUGGAGUUAGUGUUAAAGGUAGGUGUGUGUGAGAGGCGCGAAGAUUCAGGAUCAAAGGGUAAAAAUGGGAAUGCAAGAAUGUUAUGGAGGGCUUUUCAGUUCGUAUUUAGGGUUUACACUUUUGCUGGUGGGCAAGAUGACCGAGCAGACAAGCUUACGAGAGAACUAGCUCGAGAAAUAGAAAGCAAUCCCAUCAACGCAUGAUUUUAUUUAUUGCAAGCCUUCAUUUAAACUCAAUUUAGUAAACAGACUUUCUAAGAUAAAGAAUAUAUCUUCUAUAUAUACUUGAUACACACAAACACACACACAGGCACACUGUGCUAUAUUAUAUUAUAAGACUAA